UCAAUUGGAGUUGUAAUAUUAAAUUUAUUAUUAUUAUUGUUGUUGUUGUUGUUGUUGUUGUUAGUAUUAUUAAAUUUAAUUGAGAAAUCAUUUUGAAAGACAACUGCACUGUAUGUGAAAAUUAUUUCUUCGGUGCUGAGUCACUGUGAUGCUCAGUUAAAUGUGCUUGGUAAACUUUUUUUUCAUUACUUUUUUUAUUUAUCAAGAAAAGUAUUUUUUUUUAUUCAUCCAUGAAAAUCAUGUUCUAAGAAACGCCUUGUUCAUUGAUAGUUUUACUAUCUGUUACAGCAGCAGAUUACCACCUGUCAGUCAACGCUCCAGUCACCUCAUCUGCCAUGGUCAGGCACUUUUAAUCUAUCUCCAUAGCACUCAGACCCUUGGUGCUCUCUGACAGCAAGGGUAUGCUGAGUUUAAAAAUAAAAAAGCUGGGCUAUUACUGUAUGUUGCAAUAUAUUAAACUACUGUAUAUUGGCCAGAUGUCAUCUAUGAUCAAUGUAGCCUGACCGGCAAUUCCAACAUCGUCUUUGCAGGAUUCUGGACUGGCUGCAGCUUGGAUACAAACAGGGAUGGAGCUCCUGCUCUGUGUGUGAUCCAUCGCUCUCGGGACCCAGAUGGCUAAUGUUAAAGUCAUCGUGCAUGAGGAUCCAGAUCUGGGCUUUGGUCCAGAUGAGGAUGACUCUGAGUCUGAUUCUUGGGAUGAUUCAGACUCUGGGAGCAUACUCUCGGAUGACUCUGUCCUCCCUGACUAUAAGCUGGAGGACAAUAUGGAGGGCACGGUCAACACUCUGUAUCAGGCAUGUGCAAAGAACCACGCCUCGUUCCUGUGCAAAAUGCUGGAGCAGGGCGUGACUCAGGAACAAGUCAUGGAGCUGGACAUCAACGGCAGGAAUGGCCUUAUGCUGGCAGUUUCCAAAGGCUUCGUAGAUAUCGUGUAUGGCCUGAACGGGUGUCCGUUUUUAGAUAUUAAUCAUCAAGAUAAUGAUGGAAACACAGCACUCAUGAUUGCAGCACAAGCUGGUUUUGUCACUAUCCUAACCUACAUUCUGAACUACUAUUCUGGUGUGGACAUUGAGCUCAGAGACCACAGAGGCUUCACUGCUCUCAUUAAAGCAGCCUUACAGGGCAACGACGACUGUGUGGCCUCGCUGCUCAUGGCUGGUGCAGACAUAAAUUCAGUAGAUGCCACACAGAGGAAGGAUGUAAGAGAAUGGGCACUAAAAACAGGACACUUUGAAACGUUUAUGAGGCUGACACAACUGUCCAGCCGGCCCUGCGCAGAGCAGUUCUGUGAAACCUACGUCCCAGAGUGGCCAAGUCUUAAAGAGCUGGUGAGAAAAGCCACAACCACAAAAAGUGCAGGGCAGAAGGUCGCCCAUCAUUUGAAGGCCACAUUCACUUUCAGUUUUCCACAAGAUCCUCAGGAAAACGGCGUCCUGGAUCACAUGGUGCGUAUCACCACGAGCAUCCACAGUCCCCUGGUGGUCACAGGCUGCCGUCCACACUGUCCCACGAGCCCACCGGAGAUGGGCAAGAGGCAUUUAGCCAUGCCCAGACCGAUGCAGCAGAAUCCAGACCGUAAGCUCAAAAACCACAGCAAUGGCUCCAUCUUCUCAGCCUCCUCCACCAUCAGCUCUGGAUCAUCUGUGUCUCAGGUCUCAUGCUACUCAGAUACAGAGAGUAAGAGCAGCAUGUUCUCCAGGGCCUCCAGCAGGAUACGCAGGCUGGUCCCACGUAGCAUAGCAUGCCACAACAGCAUCUUCCCCACCAGCUGCAUCCCUCAAAUUAAAGUGACCAAGUCAGCUGAUCCAACCCCCAAGAAGGAGAAGAAAAGGAAGAUGACGAAAGGUUACCUGGAGCCACCUGUCUGGAAGUACAAGGAGGCAAAAAUGGAAAAGAAAAAAGAGAAGCAACAGAAGGAGAAGGAGAAGGCUUGUAAGACGAAUACGGAAAAAUCGGCCAAGAAAAAGUCAAAAAAAUGA